AUGAAGGGACAACAAAGACACACAGACACACCUGAAGAGGAAGCCACAGAGGACAUGGCAGUGGCAAUUAACAACAUGGACCCACACCCUAACCUCCACCCACCAGAUGCCUCCUAUUCAUCAUCAUCAUCCUCUCAUCCUGUUCCCUCAUCAGCCAUGCUCCCUUCUACUUCUGCUUCUACUCUUCUGGCGCUGGCCUCCCCAGCCACCAGGCGCUCCAUCUCUAUGGGGGACUUCCGGAGGGUGACCGGGGCCCUGCUAACAGGUUCUGAGCCCAAUUCAGCCUCAGCGACAGCCCCUUCCUCCAAGCUGGUGACCCCCAGCUCCAGCAUGGAGUUUGAGGCGGCUCGACGACGCCUCCUUGAAGUGGAGGAGCGCCAGCGGGUCAUCCACGAGAUGGAGCGGCGACUGGAGGAGCUGAGGGAGAUGUUUGUGCACUCGGAGCAGGAGGUGGUAGUUCAUGGGGAGCUAGUGUCCCGUAUCUCGGGGUCAGCCCAACAGGGGGAGCUGCACACGGCGGAGAACAGCCAACGGCUGAAGAAAGGCUUGAGGUUUAAGAAGCACCGACCCGCUAUUGUAUUCUCCUCCAUGCUUGGACUCCGCACGUGCCUCCCAUGGCCUGUUAAACUCAAAUAG